AUGGCCGAGGCGUUCCAACGCUGGCCAUGCGUGCGGACGUUGGCAAUCGCAAGGGUUGAAGUGAGCCGCUCGUUCGCCGGCUCGAGCAGGUUGUGGAUUUUCACUAUGUUCCUAUGCGCCGGUUGUCAAGCGUAUCCAUUCCGUCCUCGCCCCACAGCGUCUUAUUACAAACAUGCGGGGUGUGAGCUUGCGGCAAGCUAUGACCAAGAGAGGCCGCCAAGCCGGACUGCCACUACAUGUAGUUUCUGA